GAGUGAUUGUUGCAACUUGCAAACAUUGUAUUCAUGUAUUGUAACAAUUCUCCAUAGCAAAAUAAUAAAUUGGAUUGGUAUUUGGUAAUCUAAUUAAAAUAUUUUUAUUAAAAGUAUUUAGUUAUUUUAUUAUUUCACUUUAAAAUAUGUAUAAGUAUUAUUAGUUAAGUUUUAACAAAAUAAUGGCUAUCGUUAAAACUCCGGUUUUAAAAGUGAUUUUAUGUGGUGAAUAUGGUGUGGGCAAAAGUUCUAUAUUUCGACGAUUCAUAAAUAAUUCGUUCCUACCAAAUGCUGAUAGGCGAUCUACUUUGGGACUUGAUCAUUUCGAGAAACUAUAUCAAGUUGGUGACAAGGAAGUCAAGUUGCAGUUAUGGGAUACUGGAGGAAUGGAAAGAAUUGCUUCAGUGACAUCAAGUUAUUACAAAUUUGCUGAAGCAGCAAUUUUAGUGUUUUCUUUGGAUAAUAUUUCUUCGUUUCAUGUAUUGAGUCAACAUUUGUUAGAUAUUGUGACUUAUGCAGAGAAUGCAAAAAUUUAUCUAUGUGGAAAUAAGUCUGAUCUUGAAGGGACAUCACCACAAGUAACUGAUGCUGAUAUUGAAACUUUUUGCGAACAAUGUCACAAUCUUAUUAGUAGCAUUUAUAAAACAACAUGCAAAACUGGAAAAGGCAUAGAAGAGAUGUUUAGAGAUAUUGCCUCACAACUUGUAGAAGCAAAUCGUUCAAGAAUUGAGCUCCAAGCUUUAGACCACAACAGUUUUAAAAUAUCUCAACCUGAAUCUCCUGAGGAACCAUCAUGCAGUUGCUGAUUUCAUCAUGAAAAGCAAUGUAAACUUAGUAUUUUACCUUACAAUUUAUGUCUGAAAUAUUAUACAUAUAUGCAUAAAUUUUAUAUAUGUAUGUACUGUAUUGGUAAUAAACUAUCCAUUAUGUAAGUUGCUAUUUUAUCAAGUUAUGAUAUUUUUCUUGGUUGACAUUUUGAUAUUAUUUCAUUACUCAAUCAUGAUGCCACAAUGUUUAACAUGAAAAACAUAACAUGGGGACAAAUAUGCAUAACAAUUUAACAGUCCUCACAUACAAUGUGUUUCAAGGUUGUAUUUUAGUAUUAUUUUAUUUAUUAAUCUAGGCCUAAGUAUCAAACUAAUUUAUGCUAUCUUGUAAUUAAUAUUAUUUCACAUAAAAAUACAAUGUU